AGGAGGAGGAGGAGGACCCGGCGGCCUUGACCCUGGAGGACUGCGUCGAGUCCGCCGCCGACAUGGACCUGGUGAACGGGCCGAAUCCCUGGCUUCCGGCCUACGGCUUCCAGCUUCAGCAUCACUCCCAGUUUCAGCCGACGCACUUGGAGGAUCUACGGGCUAAUGAUACGGUGCUAGUGCAGCAAAUCGACUUUCUGGAAACGAUCCUGGAGGAGACGUCCGACGAUCUCCAGAGCGACUCGGAUCGCAGCGGAACGACGUAUUGGCUGGGAUCCGAUUCGGAGACCGAGAGCGUGAUCCACAUCAAGACGAAGCAGAGAUCGGCGGACGAGCGGCUGGAUGGUAGCGGCAGCGAAUGCAACUCGGUGGUGCCGAAGAAGCGACGGCGCCGCGACCACGGCGCCGAUCACCACCACCACCACCAUCAUCAUCAGCAAGUAGCCUACGACGAGUACCCGGCGUCGCCGAGGUCCUCCAGGUCCACCGCCUCCUCCAGAUCGAGCUCGCUGCUGCAGUUCGAAUCUUUGGAGAGGACCUGCGCCACCCUGUCGCCUUCCAGCUACAGCUUCGACUCCCUGGAAUACUCGAACCGGUCGAACGCCUCCCAUCCGGAGAACGAUUCGCCCGAUAGCCUGGAGCAGGACUACGAUAGGCUGCUACCGAACGGUUUCGCCAGCACGGUGGACCAUUUCCCGAGGAUCAGGCCCUACCGCAGCUUCGAGAGUCUCGACACGUGCCAGAAGGACGAGGGCUUCGGCCAGGCGUCCAUGUCGAAUGGUUUCGCGCCUUUGUACCUGAAGAGGGGUGCUGAUCUGUCGAAUAUUAGGAAAAACAACCAGCGUCCCAGAGACUUCUGGCACGAGGACGAGGUAUACGACGACGACGACGACGACGACGAAGAGGAGGACGAUGAAUACGAUUUCGAAGAGUACGAACGGAGCCGAGCGAAGGCGGAUUCCCGGUUGACGACCGGUUUCGAGGAUCGACUGCUGUACGGCGAGUCCGGCAAGUACGCGACGUCCUUGGACUAUCGGAACACGAUCGACUUGCGGGAGAUCGGCGUCGAGACGAAGAGAGACGCGCUUUUGGAGCUCAAGUCCGGCCAGAAGACGACUAGGUUAAAUAUAGCCGGUAGCGGUGCGGAGCAGCAUCAUCAUCACCACCACCACCAUCAUCAUCAUCAUCAGCAUCCGCAGCAGCAGCAGCAGCAGCAGCAUCCGCAGCAUCCGCAGCAGCAGCAGCAGCAGCAGCAUCCGCAGCAGUGCCAACAGCAGCAGUACGAUCAACAGGAUUACCAUCACCACCACCACCGUCGUCGCCGCCAACAACAACACCAAGGGUGGAGCGACGAGGAGCGCUUUAAUUUUAGAUUCACGGACAAGUCGCAGAGCGCGCCCAGUCUGCUCGACGGUGUCGAGGAGUCAGCACGCAGCGGCCUGAGCUCGCCGUCUCGUCUUCGCGCCUCGAGGACGACCUCCUACGUGUCGACAUCUUCUCUCUUCGAGAACUACACGCGGGUGGCCAGCGUGCCGGUGGACUUGAAUCUCUGCGGCGUCGCCGCUACGUGCGACGACGAGAUGAACGGUCACGAAAUGGCGGAGACCGCGCCCGGCGACGAGGCCGCGACCCUGAAGAGCCCGCAGGAAGAUACGGAUUCAGCAGAAGCCGAUGAAACGCAAGCGGGAACGAAGGUCGUCCCGACCAGCUCGGUCAGGACGCAACCGGCCCAGGGCGCGCUCAUGGACGGCGAUAUGGAGGACCGCGGGAAGGAGAACGAAGAACGAACGAAGGUCGAACGCGCGGGCGAGACGCAGCAGACGCGCAACAAGCAAACGAAGACUACGUCUACGGUGAAGACUCAGGAUCGCGCCAACUGCGUGUUGGACAUGGCGAUGGUGACAGAGAACGACCUCGACGAAGCCAUCAAGCAGUUUAAACGCGAGGUGGAGGAAGCGGCCGCUUCCGGAGUGGCGAACGCCGCCAUUUUGGCGAUGGAGACGAUUCAACGAACACCGUCCGGUCGACUGAAAAGCCGAAAAGUGAAGAACAACGCCAGUUACGAGCUGGCGCAGCAACUCGAGGUGGACGAGAGAAAUUUCCAAAAGAAAUUCAACGACGAAGCUCGCGACGGAGCUGGCUCCCCUGGGAGAAAGCGGAUUCUGAACAAUGCCAGCUACGAGUUGGCGCAGCAGUGCGACUACAUCAAGGCGACGCAGAGCGCGCGAGCGGCGUUCCAGCGGAUGGACGCGUGCGACGAAUUAGAGGAAGCUGCGUCCGGGCGCUCUUCGAAGCUAAACGUCGCCGACGUGAUGCGCCAAAUGGGCUCCGACACGAACAUCAGCGAGGACUCCCGGCCGAAGGAGCCGCAGAACGACUCGUUCUUCGGUCAGAUAAAAAAAAACUCGGAUCCAUUUUCGGCCUGUGGCGAUGCUAGCGCACUGAGUCCACGGCUGCUAGACGACGAGGUAGAUUAUCCCUGCUUGGAAACCAAACCUAUAGGAGCAUCCUGCUUUGAAAAUAGGGUCGUUUUGCGCGAGAAGAUCGAAUCGGAGCAGCCAACCCAAUUGAAAAGUGUCCUUGAAAAUUCCUCGACGACGUGUUCCUACGUCGACGAAGAAUCAUCCGUCAAACGAGGCGAAGAAGAGACCGGGGACGUAAAGAAGAGCUUCAUCGGCGAGUUUUAUUCGGAGCGAGGGGCGCAGCCUCCUCGCAAGUGUCCUCAGGCGGACGAGAGCAGGGUUCAAGAACGGAAAAUGAACUCGGAGAGCGCGUCAUCGAACCGGGACCACGAGGAUCGUUCCCGCAGCCCUGGCUCGAGCGAUCGAGGCGCUGGCGAACGUCUGUGGAGGGUCGUGAUCGAGAAGCAAACGACAACGAAGAACGAAGAGGAGACGGAGGAAGAGACGAGGGACAGAAUGGAGGCGGCGGAAAAGAAGGAGGUAGAGGAGGAGGGACACAGUGUCCGCGGUGUUGGCUCCGAGUCCCCACCCGGCGGUACGGGUUCACUCGGUGAACGUAGUAGUGGGAAGCCCGCGGUGGCCGUGGCGGCAGUUGAUACGAAUCAUCGCGGUGGUGAUCGCGGCAAACGUCAGGGCGACGAGCAGCAACGCGCGCCGAGCAUCAACAAGCAGGACGCGAGCGUCGCGAGCGUGAAACGGUCGUCGUUUGUUGCCCCGAAGACCUACGCGGUCUCUUCAAUCUCCCUACCGUCCUCCUCGUCCUCCGCCGCCAUGAAGAGCGAGGAGAGAAAGAAGGGCGGUCUAGGCGGCUUUCUGCAGAGGUUCUCCAGGCUGAGGUUCAGCGGUAGAACCAAAGUGCCGCGCUCCGAGGCCCACAAGAAGACCGCCGAGCCGACGAGAGCGCAGGAGGAACAACAGCCGGCCACAGCUAGGAAGAAGGAGCCGGACUACAUCAUCAUACCGUUGCACCCGCCCGAGGAAGAGAGGAGACGCCAGCAGGAGGUCGUUACUCUCGAGGAGGCCGCCAGGAGAAACAAUGUGGACAUUCAGAGGAGCGCCUCCAGUGUCAGCAGCAACGGGAGGGCACCAGUGUCCAGCAAGCCGCCCCUGCCGCCGCAACCACCUCGCGUCGCCGCUCUGGGCACGACGACGCGAGCGUCGGCGUCGACGUCGGCGUCGCGCCGACGCGCCGCCACGGACCUUGGUAACCCGGCGGCGAUCGAGAUGGCGAAGGCCCGCGCGAUGCAGGCCGCCCAGGAGCGCCCGGUCGGCCUACUGGAGACCGACCUCGACGAGGCGGUGAUCAACACGACCGCCGCUGCCGCCGCCGGCGCCGGUGGUAAGAAGACCCGCAGCCUGCUCGACCUCAACCACACCUCGGCGGCGGCGCCGCGGCCGCGGCCCGAGCACGCCCUCCACGUACCCCAGUCGCCCGUCGGCGCUACGCACAGGAGCCCCCGCGACGACGUCGUGUCCGCCGCAACGUCCGCCAUCCACCAGCGGCCCCACAAGUCCAUGGAGUUCCUCCUCGACAAGGAGAACCUGCAUUUCGUCAAGCCACCGGAGAAUGAGCUGCAGAAAGUGGGCGAGCGCGUGCCGAGCGAGCACGAGCUUAGGGUGCAGCGAUCGUUGCAGCGGCUCAAUGUACCCGACUGGUACAAGAAUUCACCCGCUGCCCGCGACGGCUUCCGGCUGAAGAGGCACUCGGACGCGUCGCAGCAUGGAGGAUGGCGCGCCCUCGGCUCCAAGACCACCUCCCUGUCGUCCCUUUCGUCGUCUUCCAAUCGACAGCCGACCACAGGUGUCCUUCUGAGUCCCAGUCCCACGCCCCCCGUAUUCUCGAGAUGGAGCACCAGUCUGCUGAACAGCGCCGGCAGUUCGCCCGCGAGUUCGGCCAGGUCGUCCUUCAAUCACCGGCAGCCCUACCUGGGCUGGCGUUCUCAGGAGCGACUGACCAACCCGCGGACACCGGCGGAACGUCUUGCUCAGGGCAUUCUUCCCCAGCUGCAGGCCGCGAACAAGCAACAGCAGCAGCAGCAACAGACAACGAAUCAGCAGCUGGAGGUGCGGAACUCGAUAAAGGAGGUGACCUCGGCCAUCGUGCACUACGUGCAGAGCGGCCAGGAGGUCGGUGGAGGUGGUGGCGGCCGACUCUCGCCUCGACCUCGACCUGAAGAUUGGGACGACAGGGGCGGAGCGAGGUCUACCAGCCCCAGAGGGAGCGUGAGGCUGUGCUGGAUGGAGAGCUCGUUCGUCGGCACGCGGCCCGUGGACUCGCCGGAGACGCCUAUGAGCCUGGCGACCGACCAGGAGGCCGGCGACUGCUGCAACGCGGCCGGCACCGAGUCCUGCAGCUGCCAGGACUCGGCCGCAUCCGGCCUCUACCUGGACCUGACGCCCAGCCGGGAUGACGUGCGUCACCAGCAUCUGCAGGCGUCCUCGGCCGGCCCGUCGCCCACGUCCACCUCUAACUAUCAUCAUCACCACCACCACCAGCGUCACCAGCACCGCCAGCAGCAGCAACAGCGUCAUCACCGCGGAUCGGGCCAGAGCGAUACGGACGAGGCGAUGGCGACGGCAGCUCUUCUGCGGAACAAACCGAGCCCGGGCUCCACGACCCUGGAGGACGUACUCGACUCCCUCCUGGGGCUGCCACCCGCGUCGCGUACCCCGAGUCCUGGCCCGGGGGGACCCGUCGUGACCGCCACGUCCGCCAUCCGCCAACGCCAUACGAACGCCGCCGUCGGCCAGGCGAAAGCCGGGAAGAGCUGCAGCGACCUACGCCAAGACCUCCAAGAGUCAGCUAAGAGCGUGAUGGACGUACACCAGGCAACCGUCGACGAUCAGCGCAGCUUCUACUCCGGCGAGCUGGUGAGAAGGAAGAGCGAGGGCAGCGAUACGCUGCCGGCCUCGCGAGCCGCGGCUGCCACCGUCGCAGCCGCGUCGUCCUCGUCGUUGAUGCCGCGCGGUGGCGCCCAGCCUCGCCACCGCAGGGUGUCCUUCGACAACGCCCAAGACUCCACGACUAACGGCAGCUCGGCCAUGGACAAGGUAGUGCGGUGCCGUAACAACAAGUGCGGCAACUCGACCACCCUGGCCGAGGCGAGGAGGACCUAUAAGAGCUGCCACAACUGCACUUGCCUAUACUGCUCGCGCGAGUGUCGUAGGGCUCACUGGCAGCGUCAUCGCAGGACCUGCCUUCAUUCGCGAGCCGGCAGCCUCUGCCGUCAGGUGCUGUCCUCGGCGAAGGAGGACCCGGCCACCCUGAAGCACAUCUCCGCCCUCGCUAGACGGGGCUACGCCGCUCACGGUCGCGGCGCGGUCAAGUGCUUCUUCUCGAGCCCCGAGGCGGCCGAGCGCUUCGUCGGCAACGGCUUCGCCGACCUUGGCGAGCCCACCUACGUGCGCUGGCCGGACUUGCUGCCGGGCGAGAUGGGCGCCGAGCUGUACGCCGAGCUGAUGCGCCUCUGCAAGACGUACAAUCCGGAGGCGCGGCUGGUGCUCUACGUGGCGGUAUGCGUGGUCAGCGAGGUGCCGACCAGCGGUGCGGUCAGAUGGGAACGGCAACUGGUGUCCAGAUGCGCCAAGAUCAGACUCGACGGCGCGGCUAAACAGCACGCUUCCUCCUCCUCGGCGUCCCCGCAGGCCAGGAGAAGGCUGUCGCAACAACAGGCACCCGCGUCUCCCUGCAACAUCACUCGAGAGAUGGACUCGCCCGAGACCCUCGUGUUGACAUCGCUACCCGGUAACAACGGUCAGAACACGCCGCGAAAAGCGCGCGAGAUUAGCUUCACCAAUAUUCAGCGGCAACUCAGGCUCAGGGGAGUCUCCCUGAGGAGACACUUCCCCCAGGUCUACCGCAAACUUUGUUCCUACGUGGACGGCUCGGUGGACAAGUUCGCGCCGGUGACCAUCUACCCCAGAGACCAGGCGUCCGGCAAGAGCUUUAUGUGCAUCAUCAUGCUGGACGCGGAGCCCGAACGUCUUCAACUGUUGCCCACGGACUCGUCCAGGGUGAGGACGGUGGACAUCAGCGUGGAGCAAGAGUGAGAAUCGUGUCCGCGUGGAAAAAGAUUUCAGAAUCGGGGUAGCUCAAGACACGUCGCUCAGGAUUUUCCUCAGGUUCGCGGGGAGAGAGUCGGGAACGUCGCCGUGGAUUUCUUCGGGGUGAGAACGACGGACGUCGGCCGGUAGCGGGGCAAGAGCGAGGAUCGCAUUUGGGUGGAGAGAUAAUCGAGAGAGAGAGAGAGUUGCGGGACAUCGCAGCAGGAGACACGCCGCUCAGAAUUUUCCUCAGGUUCUCGAGAGAAGGAUCGAAGAUAUCAGUGGCUGCCGACGGAUGCCUUCAUCAGCCGUUGCAGUUCAACUCGGACAAUGUAACGGUUUAAAAGAUACCCCAAUUUCGUCGGGUAUCUUUUGGACGUUUACAUUGCUCGGGAGAUUAUCUAAGUAGACGUAUCUAGAUGAGAAUGUCGACGGAAGUCCCAGAUGGAUCUAGGAGGAGCUCGACAUUUCAGCUCAUGAACUCGUAUGAUUCACACACAGACACACACGCGCACACACACACAUACACACACACAAAAUCUUUUUCUAUCUUUCCUUCUAGAGAAGAAAGAAAUCGAAUGCGAAAAACGAAUUGCUCUGUUCGUCACACACUCUCUUUUGCGACACUGUGCGUGUCGUGCUCGUAUCAAGGCAACCCUCCGUCAUUUCAGACAUCCUCGAUUUGGUCGUUGCUGUGUGAAAGGUUUAUCAGUCGUCUGCCGGGAUGAGUCUUGUCGGAGAAUCGUCGUCGAUACUUUCAAUCGGAAACGCGUGCGGAUAAAGAACUCGUGGGAGAUCUUCUCAAAUGUUGAUGUCGCAGCUGAUCUGGCAAGGCGGAACAAUUGCGUAUAACAUUAUGUUUUUGCACGGAAACAAAAAUGCUGUUGAAUUGAGCAAAAUGAAGUUGCUUGAAUUAAACGUUAACGUCACGGGCUGCCACGAACAUAAAUGAUUCAUUCGAUUGUAUUUGCUAUGGAUUUUAAUUUUAAGCGUUGAACUAAAUAUCCAGAUUAUUAAGACAAUCGGAUGUUUUUCAUUUAUCAACACCGAUGUUGUUUCAACGAUUUUACUUCAAUUGCACUGAUCUUGUCGGUACAACAUCAUUUUUUUCCCGCGUACGGCCCGAGGAACGCUUGCUUCUUUUUGAAAGGGUUGAAAGGAUCGGCGAUGUCGAUAUCCACGGCGGACGGAGCGGAAAGUAAUAUUUAGAGUAUACGUUGUUGUCUCUUCGUUCAACUUUGCAUCGUUUAAAUUUUAUCGUAUAUAUUAUAUGUGGAGAGGCGAGAGACGUUUUUCUCUCAGCGAACGCGUUCACGAUCGAUCGCCACGAAGUUUCGCUUAGAUCCCGCAUUACCGGAGACGAGAUUGAAGUCGUGCGAUAUCGAGCGAUCGGGUAUGUAUAUUUCGGAGAGGUAACACACUGUAAUUUUAAUUCGUUCGCGCAGAUGUCAUAAUUAUACGACUAAGGGAAUGCCUGCCUUACUUACCGGCAUGUAAAUAGAAACAUAUUCCCGUCGUUACUAAUCGGAUUAAUUUAACACUAC